AGAACUUAAACUACGCAUGCGUAUUCAAAACAUUCUUGUGGAGUUGUUAACAACCACAAAGAUGGCGCAUCUCCAAAUAAAAGAAGGGGAGUUUACAUCAACAGUAUAUGGAUUUAUUAAAGACCAGCGAUUCAAUGAAGCCAUUCAAGUACUUAAUCACCAGCUACAAGGGGAAACAAAGUCAAGAGCUGCCUUGUCUUUGUUGGCUUAUUGCUACUACCAAGUGCAGGACUUUGUUAAUGCAUCAGACUGCUAUGAGCAGCUAGCCUCCCUUCACCCUGAAGUUGAAGAAUACAGAUUAUACUAUGCUCAGUCAUUACAUAAAGCAUGUCUGUAUCAGGAAGCAAUGAAGGUUGCAUGUCAGAUUGAAAAUGCCAAAUAUCAAGGCCAGAUUACUAAGCUGCAAGCUGCCAUUAAGUAUGGGGAAGAAGAUUUGCCUGGAGCUAAGAGCUUGGUUGAACAAUGCCCCCUGGAUGAUCCUGAUACUGAAAUCAAUCUGGGUUGUCUCCUUUUCAAGGAAAAGAGAUAUGAAGAAGCUUGUGAAAAAUUUGUUGCUGCAAUGCAAGUGCUAGGCUACAAAGCAGAUUUGUCGUACAACAUUGCUCUAUGUCAUUACAUGCUGAAGCAGUAUGCACCUGCACUCAAACAUAUAGCAGACAUCAUUGAACGUGGCAUCAGGGAACACCCAGAACUUAGUGUUGGCAUGACAACUGAAGGUAUUGAUGUUCGUAGUGUUGGCAACUCCAUGACCUUGCAUGAAACUGCACUUGUUGAAGCUUUUAAUCUAAAAGCUGCGAUGGAGUAUCAGUUGAAAAACUAUGAAGCAGCUGUUGAAGCAUUGACAGACAUGCCACCACGAUCAGAAGAAGAACUUGAUGCUGUCAGCCUCCACAACCAAGCUUUGAUGAACAUGGAGCAACAACCCACUCAAGGUUUUACCAAGUUGCAAUUUUUGUUGCAGCAAAAUCCAUUUCCACCCGAGACUUUCGGCAAUUUGCUUCUGCUGUAUGUCAAAUAUGAGUAUUAUGACUUGGCUGCAGAUGUACUGGCAGAGAAUGCCCACCUCACUUACAAAUUUCUCACACAGUAUAUGUAUGAGUUUUUAGAAGCAGUCAUCACAAGACAAACAUCACCAGAAGAGGCAUACAGAAAACUUGAUGAAAUGGCCAGCAAACAGACAGAAUUACUUCGCAAGUUAACCAAACAGGUUCAAGAAUCACGUCAAAACCAUGAUGAAGAAUCAGUGAAGAGAGCAGUCAAUGAUUAUGAUGAAGCUUUAGAAAGGUAUAUCCCAAUACUUAUGCAACAAGCCAAAAUCUACUGGGAUCUGGAGAACUACCAGCAAGUGGAGAAAAUCUUCCGUAAAUCAGUUGAGUUUUGUAAUGAGCAUGAUGUGUGGAAGCUCAAUGUGGCCCAUGUACUCUUCAUGCAGGAAAACAAAUACAAGGAAGCAGCUGGCUUCUAUGAACCUAUAGUGAAAAAAAAUUAUGAAAAUCUUUUAAGUGUCAGUGCUAUUGUGUUGGCCAAUCUCUGUGUAGCUUACAUCAUGACCAGUCAAAAUGAAGAGGCUGAAGAAUUAAUGAGGAAAAUUGAAAAAGAGGAAGAGCAAGUGGCGUACGAGGACCCUGACAAAAAAAUUUAUCAUCUCUGUAUUGUCAAUCUGGUUAUUGGAACCCUUUACUGCGCAAAGGGCAACUACGAGUUUGGAAUAUCCCGAGUGAUAAAAAGUUUAGAGCCUUACAGCAAAAAGUUGGGAACAGACACUUGGUUCUAUGCCAAGUCCUGUUUUCUCUCACUGAUUGAGAACAUGAGCAAGCACAUGAUCAUGAUCAGGGAUUCAGUCAUUAAUGAAUGCAUUCAAUUUCUUGAGUGUUGUGAAUUGUAUGGCAGGGAGGUGAAAGCUGUGAUUGAACAGCCUCUAGAAGAGGAACCAAUGCAUCCAGGAAGAAACACAGUAGCUUUUGAAUCUCGACUGUUGAAAUCACUUCUCCUGCAGCUGAACUAGUCCAAGUUUUACUUCAAUCUGCACUUGAAUCAUAUACUAGUGACUAAAUUUGGGUUGGAGUGGAGUGGAAUUUGAUUCAAAUCAUGAUUCUUUCUGAACUAUUUGUACUCCGUCCAUGGCACAAAUGUGCUUCUUGUAUCUGUGAUAGCUGCUUUAUGUUUAAAGUAAUCAAAACAUUCUCAAGACCAAUUUUGAUCAGAGUUGUCUUUACAUUGUUGUAUGUAUUCGAAUUUAUUAUGAAUAAAUAUUUUAUGACCUCC